GGGUUUCCAACCCUUUAAACAACCCUGUUGCCUGUUAUCAAGCUAACUUUUUGCUCUUAGUGCCAGAAUUGAUUGUGGUAGGACAUCUUCCACUGAGCAAUAAAUAAAAUGGAGCCUGAUGGGUCUGCUUCAAAUGCUGAUAAAAUCCACCAGAAUCACCUGUCAGGUGGUACUGAAGACGAAGACCAAGACGCUGCUCUUACCAUUGUGACUGUUCUGGACAAAGUAGCCACCAUCGUGGACGGUGUGCAGGCAAGCCAGAAGAGAAUAGAAGAGCGACACAGAGAGAUGGAAAAUGCCAUAAAAUCCGUCCAGAUUGACCUGUUGAAGCUUUCACAGUCACACAGUAAUACGGGCUAUGUCAUUAACAAGUUGUUUGAGAAAACCCGAAAAGUCAGCGCUCACAUUAAAGAUGUGAAGGCCCGGGUGGAGAGACAACAAAUUCACGUUAAAAGUGUUGAAACCAAGCAAGAAGAAAUAAUGAAGAAAAAUAAAUUUCGUGUGGUCAUAUUCCAGGAGGAGCUUCGGUGUCCGACAUCCCUGUCUAUUGUUAAAGACAGAAACCUAACUGAGAAUCAAGAGGCAGAUGACGAUGUCCUUGACCCCCCAGUAGACCUGUCUUCAGAUGAAGAAUAUUACGUUGAAGAAAGCAGAUCUGCCAGGCUUAGAAAGUCAGGCAAGGAGCGCAUUGAUAAUAUCAAAAAGGCAUUUUCUAAAGAAAACAUGGAGAAAACACGGCAGAAUUUUGACAAGAAAGUGAACAGAAUUAGAACUAGAAUAGUGACCCCGGAGAGGAGAGAGAGGUUAAGACAGUCGGGAGAGAGGUUAAGACAGUCGGGAGAAAGGUUGAGGCAGUCAGGGGAGAGGCUGAAACAGUCAGGGGAAAGGUUUAAGAAAUCUAUUUCCAGUGCUGCUCCCUCAAGGGAAGCUUUUAAGAUGCGGAGCCUGCGGAAAGCUAAAGAGCGAACUGUGGUGGAAGGUCCAGAAGAGGUCAGGGAGAUGGGUGUGGACAUCAUUGCCAGGAGUGAGUCUCUGGUCCCCAUGGGUGAGCUCUGCACUGAUGAGCUCAGUGGAACAGACGGUGAGGAGGCCAGCGCAGUGUAUCCUCCCCAAGAACAAGGGGAAAUCUCCACCCCCGAGCCUUUAAAAGUAACUUUUAAACCCCAAGUGAAAGUAGGGGAUGACGAGUCUCUUCUGCUAGAUUUAAAGCAGUAAUCAUAAAGAGGCACUAAGUAUAAUAUAAGCAUAAAUCUCCAUAAUCACAUAGUUCUAGUUUAAAUAGUAUAGUCAUUUACAUUUAUAUGCCAUAAAGGAACACAUAAAUGGUAUGGCUGUUUCAUUUCUUAGGUUUAAAAUCUUAAAAGAUAAUACAAAUAUUAUACACCUUUCCUUACAACUUCCUUGGGAAUUCUAUUUUUUCCUCCCCUGGGAUUAUAUGAUUCUAUCAGCUUUCUCUCUCAUGGGACUCUUAUGGCAGCUGUGGAUUUGUAAGUGCCCUUCUCUUGCCCGCCAGAAAAAUUGUUUGUGUGAGUGAGGGCUGUUCAGGUGUUUGGUAGUCUAAAACAAAUGAAGGAUAAAUUUGUGCCCAUCAUUUGCAAGUGAGCUCUCAGCUUUGGUCUAGGUUAAUGUGCCUAAGCUCAAAUGAGAAAAACUCAUGUGUAAAUUAUAUCAUCCAUUUGUUCAGAUGAACAGGUUCAUCAGUAAAUUAGCCGUCACACUCCUUUUUGGUGUUUCUGCAUAUAAAAUGGAAGGUCUGGACUUGAGCAUUUGGUUCUGGCAUCACAGCUUUGCUUAUAGUGAGCCACUUGCAAGUCAUCUGCUAAUAAGCUAAUCGGUAAAAUGGAUUGCCCAACCUGCCCAUCACAGAGAACUGUUGUGAAGGUCAAAGGAAUGUUACAACCUGUAGGGGUAUACGAAGCACAUCUAGAGAAAACAAACCCCACUCAUUCCUCAAAAACAAUCUAAAUAAUUACACCUUCUGGAAAAGCCCUGAGCCCCAAGCAGUGAGGACCUAAGUUGAACAGAAACUAAAGUUGGUCUUCAGAAGCCUUUUUACAGAAUCAAGGAGGAAAAAUAAAUGUGUAGGUGACUGGUUUUUUUUUUUUUUUUUUCAAACUGUAAAACCAGGCCUUGGGUUUAAAUUGAAUCUUAAAAUGUUUCUUGGAAAAUCCUUUUCUACUUACUUAGAUCGGUUGGACUAGAGCAACAUUUGUUUGGGCAGCGUGAAGCAUAAAACUGUGGCUAUGUCUUCACAGGCCUUUUGAAAGUCAGCCCUGGUGCAUGGGUUUGGAAAUGACCUCAGAUAUUUCUGUUUUCCAGAGCAAACUCCUCAGGGCCCAGCUGUCCAGAACAGUGUCCAUAGGAGUUCUUUGGGAGGUAGCCAGAUUCCACUUACCUGUGAGCUUUACAUGUAGCUAAUCUGGAAGUUAGGUACUGUUGCUAAAGAAAGAGAAAUGUUCAUACUGGUUCUGUACUUCUGGUAUGCUUAUAUCUUCUAGUUUUGUAAUAUGGAAGAAAUAAUGGAAUUGUUGAAUUUGAAGAGUUUGGACAAGCAGCUUUCAGAUCAGUUUUGGAUGCUCAUGUAGUUAAAAUUCAUAAUAAAUGUGCACAUACGCAGAGACACACAUGAAAAACACAAAUCAGCUUUAAAAUAUUUGGCAGUUACUCAGGUAUUUUGGUUUGGGAGUUUGAUCCAGCAUCAUUUCCUAUUUACUCUGUAUGAAUACAGGAAAUCAUGAAUUGUUCAUCUUGUUACCUUAUUAUAUUGAAUAUAGAAUAUACAACGUGGAGCAAUAUUUUGAAAAUAACUUAAAAUGUUAUAGUUUAGAAAGAGUUUGCAUGCUUAAUCACAUAUUUCCUUAAAACCAUAAUAUAUUUGAAUAAGUUUGAUGUCAGUGUCCUAUUUGUAAAUGCUUUUUACUAAUAAUACAAACAAAAUGGUAUGAAUUUGAUACAGUAAUCCUUCUCAUAGUAGCUAUGUCUCUAGGUUAAGAAUGCAAAGGAAUUAUAAGCUUUUUCUUUUUCCUAGCCCUACACACAGUACAUUUCAAUUGGGGUAAAAUCUUUUUCUGCAAAUAUUACUGUCAAGGAAUUUUUGUGAAGUCCCUGCUUCCUGAUCUGGUAUAGAGCCAGACUUGGCAUGUUCUGGAACAUUUCCCAUAUCGAUAGGUUUGAAUUUUGAUGUGGAAGGUAUUAGAAUCUGGUCAGCUCUUCUUUAUAGAGGACUUUGUUCAACCCCCAGAAACACUAAAACAAUUUUAUGUUCCCCAAAGUUCAUUGUAACCUUAUAGUGCUUUCUUGGAACUAGGAUUUUUCUUUCCAUGUCAUGUCUGUCUCUUGAAAAUGUUCCCCAUAUUUAGGGCAUUCCUCAAGUCCACAUUUAUCAUUUUUCUUACUCUUUCUACCCUGUUUUCUUAAUAUAAAGAAUAUCAAUUUGUAACAAGCUGGAAACUCAACACAUUUGCCAUUUAAUGCAAGUUUUGAUAGUUGCAGACAACACAACUAAUUUUCUGCUUAUUUUACUCUUCUGUGCUUUUGAAAUUGUAUGUGUUAGAUAUUAAUCAUUUUAUUCAAAUAAAACCAUAAGUAGGACUUAAGCUCUUUUGUAUGAGGCAGAACAAUUCAGCAUCCAUAGACUCUGAGGGCAUGGAGCCCGCUCCAAGCGCCUCUGCAGAAUACACAAUAGAGGAGGGAAGUGCUGCUCUGCUCCUGGCAAGUCAGAGGAACAGGCCAGAUGUGAAAUGGCCAUAAGAGGAGCAUGAAAAUUCAGCUUGCUGAGAUGUGUUUGUGGUGUGUGUGAACACCCUUGAAGAAGUUUUCAUAAAUUAAAAAUAACAAACCAAAA